AUGAACAAAGCCGAAUCUUCGACGGAAACCGCCGCGCCCAGCGUGGCGAUCCACGUGGAACAGUAUGACGACUGUCAGGACGUCGAAAGCUCAAAGCUUCUCAACCUGCAAGAACCGGCAGCUACAAUUAAUACCUCUGCACCAAUGAGAAAAGUUAAGAGCUUUAGUGACACCCAAAAAAUUCGUGAUGUUGCCGCUGCUUCCGGAGCUGCUUCUGCAAGAAGUUUACGACCAUAUGAACAAGUGAUUCCUUACCCUGAAGGAUCCGAAAACGGAACUAACCAAUAUGGAGCGCCAUCGGUUCGAUCCCUCGCUUCAAUCGGCAUGGGCUGCACCGAUGGUCGCAAAAUGGUUAUUAGACGAGUACCUACUUCGCCCACAGAAUUGUUCCAUCUAGUGCGUCCUCCUACACCCCCCGAUGAAGAUUCGGCAUCCCACGAGAGUGACUGUGAAGAAGAAGAAGAAGAUGCCGCAGUACAUUUGAAACCCCGAAGGCCCUUUUGGGCUAACAAGAUUCAGUUCGUGUUGGCAUGCGUCGGAUACUCCGUUGGCCUCGGCAAUGUUUGGCGCUUUCCUUAUCUCUGUUACAAAAGUGGAGGAGGUGCAUUUUUGAUACCUUACUUCAUAAUAUUGUUAGUUUGCGGCGUCCCGAUGCUCUUUAUGGAACUGGCUAUAGGGCAAUACACAGCUCACGGACCUAUAGGAGCUUUGUCGCAGAUAUGUCCACUUUUUAAAGGUGCAGGUUUAGCGAGUGUGGUGAUCUCAUUUUUAAUGUCCACAUACUAUGCUGUGAUAAUCGCGUGGGCAAUUUAUUAUUUCUUCACGUCUUUCAAAACGGAAGUGCCAUGGGCCAGUUGUUCAAAUCGAUGGAACACGGAUAUGUGCUGGGUGCCAAACCAUAACUACACAAAACCGAAUGGAUCUCAAACACCCACCGAACAAUUCUUCGAGAAGAAGGUAUUGAGUAUGAGUGCCGGUAUAGAAUUUCCUGGUGGCAUGCGGUGGGAAUUGGCAGCUUGCUUGGUCUGUGCUUGGGUGUUAGUUUAUUUCGCCCUGUGGAAAAGUAUCAAGUCAUCCGCCAAAGUUCGUUAUAUCACCACGACACUGCCUUUUCUGCUAAUUUUAGUAUUCUUAGGUCGAUCUCUAACACUCGAUGGGGCGGACAGAGGCUUGAGAUUUUUCUUCAAACCAGAAUGGGAACUUCUAAAACAAUCCAGACCAUGGGUUAACGCCGCUUCACAAAUUUUCAAUUCCAUCGGCAUAGCGUUCGGAUCUAUGAUCAUGUUCGCUUCAUAUAACAGAUUCGACAACAAUUUUCUACACGAUACUGUGGCUGUAACAUUGGUCAAUGCAAUAACCAGUCUCAUAGUCGGAAUAUUCACCUUCGCUACUAUUGGAAAUAUCGCAUUUGAACAAAACACACCGGUCAAAGAUGUUAUCGCAGAUAGUCCCGGACUUUUAUUCGUGGUUUAUCCACAAGCAAUUGCAAAGAUGCCAGCUUCGCAACUUUGGGCAGUUUUAUUUUUCUUUAUGUUCCUGUGCCUUGGCCUGAACAGUCAGUUUGCCAUUGUGGAAGUUGUCGUUACUUCGAUACAAGAUGGUUUCCCAGAUAUGAUCCGUAGGAAACUUGUCUAUCAUGAGCUCUUAGUAUUAUUGGUGUGCGCAGUGUCACUCGUAUUCGGCCUACCACAUAUAAUACAUAGCGGCAUAUACAUAUUCCAAUUAAUGGACUACUAUGCCGCUUCGCUCAGUAUCACGUAUCUUGCAUUUUUCGAAGUUGUUGCCAUAGCUUGGUUCUAUGGAGUGGGGAGACUUUCUCGAAACAUUAAACAGAUGACAGGUCGACGUCCGUCAAUUUAUUUCCGAUUUUGUUGGCUGAUUGCUACACCUGCUCUAUUAAUAGCACUAUGGGUGGCAAGUCUCGUCGAUUAUACUCCCCCCAGCUACCGGCAGUACCAAUAUCCAGCAUGGGCACAAGCAAUUGGUUGGAUUAUCGCCUCCCUUUCCUUAUUAUGCAUUCCUGUAUACGCUGUAAUAGUCGUAUUUAGAGCACCCGGGGAAAAUUUACUUGAGAAAUUACGUUAUUCGAUUCGCCCGAGUUCUAUUUGCGACUGUGGCGUGAAUGGUUGUGAUAUAUGCUGCUCGGAAUCCGAAACUGCUGAAGAUAAAACUGUUAUAACUUAGUUUUUAUUUUUAUUUACUGAACAUUGGAACUAAAAACAUUACAUGAGGUUGAUCUACGCCAAAUACCUACCUACCUACAUAAUUACGAGAAUAGUCACUUGAUAUCUUUAGAUAAACAAGGCAAUAAGAUAAUAAAGACGGUCUUCCAUCAUUUAUCAUUUACAAUGAGUAAGAAGUCAGCACUCGACCUAAAAUAACAAUUAUCUGCCUAUCUAACUUCACAGUCACUAGUGACACAGAUAUCGCACUUGAAUGCCUGCUAAACACUUAACGAUCAAUUUUGUACAAAACACACAAUCAAUUACAUUCAAAAUGGGUACUACUCUAUUGGCAAUUUUUUUUCGAAUACAUAAUUGUUUUAUGGCUUUGUCUUGCUAUAACUUUUUCAGCAAUCAAUCGAAAAAAACGUUAUGUUACUACUGAAUAAUUCAACUAAAUUAGUGAUGAAGCGUAUUACAAACUAGAUACUACUGCCCUGCAACUAUUUCUACAAAAUAUCAAUCAUGGGUUCCGGUUUGAAAGGUUUAACAGUCUUGAUACAAAAAUGAUUAACUUCGACCUCAUGUCUGAAAUAUCAAUUUUUAAAUACAAAAAGCAGUAUUACACAUAAAUCGAAUGAUUUACAAGUUAUAUAGCUUUAUAAAACAUGUAAGUACAAUAAUAAUUCUAACAUAAGUUUCAUAAUUUUUCAUCCUGUUGUUCUCUUAGUUAUAUAUAAUAUGUAAUUAAGGGCUGCAUUUCCAAAACAUUCCAUGAACACAAUCCAACGAAAGUAAGUCAAUUUUAGUUUUUAAUAAACUUAAUAUUGUGUUCUUAAAACACGGUGAAGGAAUAACAUCGUGUAAUAAAAAUCAAACCCGCACAGUUAUAGUUUGCAUAA